AUGCUCGUAGGGUUUCUCGCUCUCUCAGCAGGUCUCCUGUCUGCACAAUAUGGCCAUUAUGCAGCCGCCACCGACACUGCGGCGGUCCGUACAUUCUUCUAUGUUGGUGGCGGCUACACAGAAGACGGUACAGGUGGUCACAUCUUCAAGGAUCAGAUGUAUGUGGAAAAGCUAGAACCUGUCACCUCGCGACGCACAAAACAAAAGCCAAGUCCAAUUGUCUUGAUCCAUGGACAGGGCCAAACUGGAACGAAUUUUUUGAGCAAGCCAGACGGCGGAGAGUCCUGGACCUCACAUUUCUUGGACGCUGGAUACACUGUUUACAUUGUAGAUCAGACCUUCCGCGGGCGGUCAGCUUGGGCACCCCGCAGUGGUGCACAAGCGCCAUCAACCUACUCAGCUGAGGUCAUUCAACAAAGGUUCACAGCACCCGAGGCGUACAACUUAUGGCCUCAAGCAAAACUUCACAGACAGUGGCCUGGUACAGGAAUGAUGGGGGAUGAGUCGUUCGACAAUUUUUACUCCUCUAAUGUGCAGUUCAUCUCCAACGCCACGUACCAACAGCAAACAGUGCAAUAUGCAGGCGCUCAGCUCUUGGAUAAAAUAGCUGCUCCCACAUGGGUACUUGGCCACAGUCAGGGAGGGUUGAUGCCCAUUCUUAUCGCUGACGCUCGGCCAAAUCUUGUCAAGGGACUCGUGCUAUUGGAGCCAACUGGGCCAACUUUCCAGGAGGCGGUCUUCGGAUUUGGUUCUGCUCGGGCAUGGGGUCUGACAGAUAUCCCUCUCAAAUACGCUCCAGACGUCACGAACCCUGUCACCGACCUUGUAAAGCAGACGGUUCAGCCUCCCCAUCCGCACAGCGACAACUCAACUAUACCCUGCAUCUUGCAAGCAGAGAACCCUGCUCCUCGACAGCUGCCGAACCUGGCUCCUCUACCUAUCCUUACAGUUACAGCCGAAGCUAGUUACCACGCGCCCUACGAUUACUGUACUGUUGAGUUCCUGAAACAGGCAGGAUGCGACAAAGCAACCCACAUGGAGCUUGGAAAGAUUGGUAUACACGGAAAUGGGCACAUGAUGUUUAUGGAAAAGAACAGCGAAAAGAUAUGGAAACAGGUGAACAAAUGGCUAAAAAAGAACGAAUAG